AUGGCCCUGGGGGCAAUGUUGGCACAAGAAGUAGAAAAUCUGGAGAGAGCCAUCUAUUACAUCAGUAAGAAACUCCUUGCUUAUGAGGAGAAUUAUUCACUAAUAGAAAGAACCUGUCUGGCUGUAGUAUGGGCAACUAAGAAGUUAAGGCACUACUUUCAGACCCAUCGAGUUAUUGUAGUAUCCUGGAUGGAUCCUUUAAAGUACCUAUUUGAAGUACCGACGCUAGUUGGAAAAUUGGCCAAAUGGUUGGUCCUCCUGUCUGAAUUUGAUAUUGUGUAUGAGACUCGAAAAACCAUCAAAGGGCGUGUAGUGGCCGAAUUUCUUUCUGAAAACCCAGUUAAUGAAGAGGAAGAAGUCGAAACAGCCUUUCUGGAUGAGAGUCUCAAGCUAGUAGAGGUCCAGCCAUGGAAAAUGUACUUUGAUGGGGCCAUGAAUAAGAGCGGAGCUGGUAUAAGGGUAGUUUUGGAAGCACCGAAUGGAGAACAAUUGUUAAUGUCAAAAAGGCUAUGUUUCCCAACCACUAAUAAUAUUUUAGGAUAUGAGGCUUGCAUUUGUGGCCUGAGCUUUGAGGAAGUGACAAUGAAGCACAUGCCUAGAGCUCAGAACCAGAUGGUUGAUGCUCUAGCCACGCUGGCAUUCUUAUGGGAGAAGGGUGAUCAGAAGCUGACCCCAUCCAAUUAUCCUGAUGAGGAGCAGAAUCCCAUGCUAUGA